AUGUCUGCAAGAAGAAUAGACAAUGGCUUAAUCACGGCCAUCGCCAUUGAUAAAGACAAGAACAGCCAACACGCCUUGAAAUGGGCUAUUGAGAACAUUCUUGUCGAUUCUCCUCAUUGUGUCCUUCUCCACGUUCAACCUAAAGAAGGAAACAUAAGACCAUGUUUACAACAUGACAAUCAAGACGAGGAACAGCAGUUGUUUCUUCCUUUCAGAGGAUUCUGCGCUCGAAAAGGAGUUAGUAAUCAUUUCUCAAUCUCCUUAUUGCAGAAAAUCACUUUAUGGUUCAUUACUUACCAUACAAUGGCUUGUCAGAUUAUAGCCAAGGAGGUUGUGCUUCGAGAUAGUGACAUCUCCAAUGCUAUUGUCAACUACAUCACCAACUAUUCCAUUUCAAACAUUGUUGUUGGCUCAUCUGCUCACAAAUCCUUUUUCAAAAAGUUUAAGAGUCCAGACGUGCCCACCACGUUACUUAAAACAGCUCCAGAGACUUGUGCAGUCUUUGUUGUGUCUAAAGCUAAGCUGAAAAAAAGCAAAUCCGCAAGCCAGGCUCAGAAACAUCGUCAUAGACAACAAGAUCUCUCUUCUUUGAUGUAUAAUUAUGAUUCAACGAGCUCCUGUGAUUCAGAGAGACAAUCAUCUCUAUCUGCUCAAUACAACAACUCCAAUUCAUAUUCCUCUCAAUCCUAUUCACCUCGCAUCUCGCCACCACAAUCUCUGAGUGAGUUUUCUCAGUCAGACACUGAGAAUAGCAGUUAUGGUGUGGUCUCAACUAUGACUUCUUACACCAUCUCUCAAAGUUCCACAACCAAAGGAAGCUCCAUCUCUUCUACAUCCAUGGUCAGUAUCAUUACAUUCAAGUAG